UUUACUUUCAAAGCUAUAGUGCAAAAUCCAGAAUGGAUGUCCUCUUUGUAGCCAUCCUUGCUAUGCCACUUAUCCUGGGACAAGAAUAUGAGGAUGAAGAAGGAUUGACAGAAGAUUAUUAUCAGGUGGCCUAUUAUUACACAGUCACUCCUAAUUAUGAUGACUUUAGUGCAAAUUUCACCAUUGAUUACUCCAUGUUUGAGUCAGAGGACAGGUUGAACAGUUUGGAUAAGGAAGAAACAACACAAGCAGUGGAGACUACCAUUAUUCUUAAAACAGAACAUGCAGAUCAUCAGAAGCCUGUCACCGUGAAAGCAGUAAUAAUGGAAACACAGAGUCCAGAUCUGAAUGAUGCUGUGUCCAGUCUGCAGAGUCCUGUUUCUCUUCUCCUGUCAUGGGUCCUCCUUCAAGGGGGGAUGUAUUUCAUGUAAAGGUGAGAGAAGGCUGCUGUGACUCCUUGGAUGGGAGUUUGACUAGAAGAAAUUGGA